AUGAGCUUUACGGUACACUGUGCCUGGGCUCUCCUUGCUGGCUUUAGUGUGCGCAUGGGCAAAGAGAGGGUGGCUCCACCAGGUUUGCCUGCGCCUGAAGUAAUACUCAAAGAUGGCAAAGUGAGUUCUUCCUCUGCUGUUGGGACGCCUGGCCAUAGGAUAUUGGCGAAGCAAGUUACUACUAUUGAUUCAAAACCCUUUUUGUUUGCUCUAAUUGACCCAAUGUUCUUGUCUGAAGAAGCUGAUCAGUUCGAAUUGCCGGUUCACGAAACCGGCUUCACACUCGAAGAGCUUGAAGAAUUGUUAUCCUUUCUCGACUCGAAUGAACCGGUUAGUCCUAACUCCGGUUCAGAAGGCUCGACUCUGGCGGUAUCUUUUCUUGAACCUAAUGAACCAGUCAGUCCAAACUAUGGUUUGGAAGGUUCGACUCUGGCGGUGUAUUCGGCGGAUGAGAGGAAGAAAAGACGUAUGAUAUCGAACCGAGAAUCGGCGAGGCGGUCCCGUAGGCGAAAAAGGAUGCAAUUGGAGAACAUCACGGAUGAAGUAAACCGGUUGAGCAUAGAGAACCAGCAGCUUAAAAACAGAGUCAGUUCGGUCAUGAUUCAAUAUCAUAUUGUAUGGCGAGAAAAUGAACAGUUAAGAUCCGAAUCCGUAGCUCUUUGGGCCAAACUCUUGGAUCUUUACUGGACUUUAGCCACCAUGCAACCUCGAUAG